AUGAGCACUGCAGGCAAGGUGAUCAGAUGCAAAGCUGCUGUGCUCUGGAGGCCUGGGGCCCCAAUGAACAUUGAGGAGAUAGAAGUGGCCCCACCAAAAGCAAAGGAAGUUCGAGUAAAGAUGGUGGCCUCAGGAAUCUGUGGUACGGAUAUAAAAAGUAUGGAAUCAGAAGAACUUGCCCAGUUUUGCCCCAUCAUUAUGGGCCAUGAGGGAACUGGAAUAGUCGAGAGCGUGGGAGAAGGAGUAAGCACAGUGAAAGCCGGUGAUAAAGUCAUCAUCUUAUGCUUACCACAAUGUGGAGAAUGUAACACUUGCCUCAAUUCCAAGAACAACAUUUGUAAGGAAGUUAGACUGUCAGGGACACAUCAGACAUCUGAAGGCAACAGCAGAAUUACCUGCAAAGGGAAGAUAGUAUAUCAAUAUAUUGCUACAGGCACCUUCUCUGAAUACAUAGUCAUAAAGGAAAUCUCAGUCGCCAAGAUUGAUGAAGGUGCCCUUCUGGAGAAGGUGUGCAUAAUCGGCUGUGGGUUUGCCACUGGCUUCGGGGCUGCAAUCAACUCUGCCAAGGUGACUCCUGGCUCCACCUGUGCUGUGUUUGGCCUUGGAGGUGUUGGCCUGUCUGUCAUCAUUGGUUGUAAAGCAGCAGGAGCAGCCAGGAUCAUUGCUGUGGACAUCAACAAAGACAAGUUUGCAAAGGCCAAGACAGUGGGUGCAACUGAGUGCAUAGACCCACGAGACUUUGAGAAACCCAUUCAGAAAGUUUUAUUUGAUAUGCUGAAUGGUGGAGCAGACUUCUGCUUUGAGGUCACUGGAAACCCAGAAACAGUGGCAACUGCCCUGGCCUCCUGCCACAAGGACCAUGGGGUUUGCGUGAUUGUUGGAUCAAUUGCAUCUUGGGUUCAAAUCAACAUCAGUAGCCAGUUGUUCUUCUCAGGACGUAUUCUGAAAGGGUCAGUUUUGGGAGGCUGGAAAACCAAGGAUGAAAUCCCUAAGCUGGUUUCAGACUGUAUGAUGAAGAAGUUUAAUCUAGAUCCACUGAUUACCCACACCCUGACUCUCGAUAAGGUCAAUGAAGCAAUUCAGCUAAUGAAAAAUGGGCAAUGGUAA